CAAGGCGAUCAAUCGGAUCUCAGGCAUACUACAAGCACUCUCUUACGUAGCCAUCCACAAGGAGAGAGCUACAUCAACACGGUUGAUUUGCUCAACAAAAUCUACCUGCUUUCUGAACCAUGUCGCUGAGCCCAAAGCAUACAACGCCUUUCUCAGUGACUGAUAUUUUGAGUCCUAUCGAGGAGACCUACAAGAAGUUUAGUGGCAUGGACGGCGCAGGGAACCUAACCUCUCCACUGGGAGCUUACCGACAGCCUCAGGUUUCCCAGACUGGCAUGCAACAGCACUCCAUGGGACACAACGCUACCGUGGCGACCACCUACCACAUGCCACACACUGUCUCCCAGUUCUCGCACAGUGCCAUGGGGGGAUACUGCAAUGGGAGCAUUGGCAACAUGGGAGACCUUCCGUCGUACCAGGAAACCAUGAGAAAUAGCGCAGCAGCAACAGGGUGGUAUGGCGCGAACACGGAUCCAAGAUAUUCAACAAUUUCUAGAUUCAUGGGACCUUCCACAGGUAUGAACAUGACUGGAAUGGGGACCCUGACAGGCAUGGGGGACGCCUCCAGGUCCAUGCCACCCCUGCACGCAGCGCCCAGGAGGAAACGACGGGUACUCUUCUCCCAGGCUCAGGUGUAUGAGCUGGAGAGGAGAUUUAAACAACAAAAAUACCUUUCGGCGCCAGAGCGGGAACACCUGGCCAGUAUGAUCCACCUGACACCGACCCAGGUCAAGAUCUGGUUCCAGAACCACAGAUACAAGAUGAAGCGGCAGGCCAAGGACAAAGCGGCGCAGCAACUGCAGCAGGAAAGCAACCUGUGUCAGCAACAACAGUCUCCGAGGCGCGUGGUCGUGCCUGUUCUGGUGAAGGACGGUAAACCGUGUCAGAACGGCUCCAACACGCCAACGCCGAACCAGCAGCAGGUACAGCAGCAACAACAGCAACAGAACGGCUCUGGGGUGCUCCAGGCUUCCAGUAAUGGCAUCAAUCAACAUCAAAACCAGCAGGUCCACUCCUUAGUUCAGGCCCAAGACCUGGAGGAGAUAUCACCUAGCCCUCCUUCACUCCACAGCCAGAUCAACAUGGCGCAGAUAGACACUUCUGCUAUAGACUACACCAAUAACAUGGUCAGCUCCAACCUCCUCUACGGCAGAACGUGGUAGGACCUGCUGUCCUUUUACAUUUUUAUAUUUUAACCUGUGGAUAUUUUAACCUGCGGAUGAGCUUAAGAGAAAACGAGACAUGUAUCAUGUUGAUAUACACAACUGUGCGAAAAUGGAGCCCUUGGGUGGCUGAGAUGACAACACGCUCAGGCGCAUCAGCUGGUCAGGGCACAUUUUCUUGACAUUUCUAAGAGGGAGACAAUUUUUGAACAUUACACGAAAUGGCUGCCCUUGAAACAGAUUGUGUCGUUUAGGGACCUUUUAUAAUCAAUGUGAUGGACUUCCUCAUGAUGUUAACGUAGGUGGGGUCUGGAGGGAAAAGGGAGAGAUAUAGGUGGGAUCAGGUAUGAACUCUCAAGGUACUAAGCCACCCCUCAUUUGCGGUGAUAACCUUGGUAUAAUAUGCUAUUAAUAUUGUAAACUAAUGUAUUCAUUUAGACUUAAAGAAAGUAGAAACUGUAGGCCUAUAUGAAGUUUCAUUCCAAACCGCUAUAUAUCCAUUUUCAGAAAUGUUGGUAAAUUAGCUUUUAUUGUUUAAAUAAUUAAAUUAUGAAAG